AUGUACAAGGAACUAGUCAUCGAAUUUCUAGCCACAAUGACUUUUUCAAGGAAGGAUGGCAUUUAUCCUAAUAACAACCUCACUUUUUGCCUCGGUGGUGAGAGGCGUACACUUAGCCUUGCGGAUUUUACACUAAGGAUGGGAAUUUACCUUUCGUCUGAAGUUCAUUCCAAACCUAAUCAACAAUAUAUUGCAGGUUUUUUGAGAAAUAUAGAGGGGUUUAAAGUAGAUUUGCAUUGGAAUGCAAUUGUUAAUGGAGUGUAUGAAAAGGGUACUGCGCAAGAGAGUAAUAUCCGCUCUCCUAUCCAUUGA